AUGGCAACAGAAACUACUACUGGACAGGAAGCUGCAGACCUUAAAGAGCUCAAAGAAAAAGUCGCACUCUUGAUAGAAUUGGCGUUAGUGAUCUUCACACAAAGAUCGUCCAAGUGCAGUUCUGAACAGGUCCGUUCCGAGCAAUUACACCUCCCCACCAAUCAUCAGGAUCCUCUGUUCUUUUUGGCUUUUGAGGUGAGGUUGGAAAGUCUGUUGGAUUCGAGGUUGCUCCGGCUCCGUUCCGUCCGAGGGAAAACCGGAGACGAACGGGAAGUACCGUCGCUUGAGGCGGCUGAUAAAGAGCUUGCGAAGCAGAUUCUUAAAGAGAUCAGGCUGCUUGAAGGCAUUGCUAAUGCGGCUAUGAGAGCCAAAAUCAAAGAUGAUAUCCAAGGUCAAGUCAAGUUAAUGGGUGCUGGUUUGGACGGAGUGAAGAAGGAGAGGCAAGCAAUUUCAGCAAGGAUUGGUCAGCUGAGCGAGAAGGUGAGAGCAACGAAAGAUGAGAUUUUGGUUCUGGAGAAUGAGGUCAAGUCUGUGAGCGAGAAGAGGGACAAGGCUUAUUCAAACAUUCAUGAGCUCAGGAAGCAACGUGAUGAGACGAAUUUUGGCCUUUACCAAGGCCGUAAUGUGUUGAACAAAGCUAGAGACUUGGCUGCACAAAAGAACAUAGCCGAGCUUGAGGCACUCCCUAAAGCCGAGCAGCAAGAAGAAUUUCAGAGAAUAUUAUGA